UCCACAAACCUUGAACUCCUCUGUUGUCAAAGGUAAAUGAACGCUCUUGGCAUCAUAGAGAUGUCAGAUUCCAUAACAUAUUAUCUGUCCGAGCAGGAGCUGUGCUUGAACAUCAUCCCGACGUUUGCCAACCUGAUUGAUUACCCGUCCAUCAAGAACUCCCUCAUCCCGCGAGUCAAAUCCGCCUGCCUACAGACGUCUUCCCUUGCUGUACGAGUGAACUCUCUGGUGUGUCUGGGGAAGAUUUUGGAAUACCUCGACAAGUGGUACGUCAUUGACGAGAUCCUGCCCUUCCUCCAGCAGAUCCCCUCCAGAGAACCAGCGGUACUCAUGGGCAUUCUAGGAAUCUAUAAGUGCACCUUCAGCCACAAGAAGUUGGGUAUCCCCAAAGAGCACCUGGCCUCCAAGAGCCUGCCCCACCUUGUCUCUCUUAGUAUAGACAACAACCUCAACCUUAACCAGUUUAACUCCUUCAUGGUGGUGAUUCGGGACAUGCUGAGUCGCAUGGAGGCUGAACACAAGACCAAGUUGGAGCAGCUGCACGUCAUGCAGGAGCAGCAGAGGAGUAUAAACAUCUCAAACCCAGGGAGCCAAUCAGAGAACACCACAAACCCACCCAGCAGUGGCAACCAGAUUGAUGAUAUCUUUGGCAGCACAAGGGUUAAUGGGAAGGAGAUUGGAUCUGCAGCAGCAGCAGCCCCACAGCCUAAUAGAAUGUCCCUGACUCUAGAGGAGAAGCAGCGAUUGGCUAAGGAGCAGGAGCAGGCAGCCAAACUGAGGAACCAGCAGCCACUAGCACCACAGAGUAUCAAACCAGCCAACACCACCAACACAAAGACUAAGGAUCUGACGAGCAGCCUGCUCAACAGCAUGACAUCUCUAAACAGCAUGUCCUUAGCCAACGCUGCACGACCAGCGCCGGUGCAGGGCACCACCAUCUCCACCUUCCCCUCCUCCAGCCCCAUGAUGGGCUCAAUGGGCGCCCCGGUGUCCAACGGAUUCAACCCACCCAUGGGCUUUCAGACAGGAGGCAUGGGGAUGGGCAUGCGGCCCACGGGCCCCGGCCUCUACGGCGGGAUGGCCACCACCACCAGCACCCCAAACUUUGGAGCCCUCACGCAGAGUCAAGGACCCACCGGGCAGACAAAUAAAGCCCCCGACUUGUCUGCCUUGGAUAGUCUUUUCUCUCCCAGCCAGACCAAAGUCACCCUCAACCAAAUGGGUCCAAAGGCGGCACCUGGCACCCCUUGGCUCAAUCAGUUCGGUUCAGCCCAGAACGCUCAGACUCAGAUGCAGGGCGCGCCGGCGGGAAUGGGAGGAGCGCCCAGCGGGUUCGGGAUGCAAGCAAACCCUUUUUUCAGCCCGCAGAACUUUUCUCAACCGGCUGCUGCCGCUAGUCUGAACCAAAGUGGAAUUAAACAUAGUGCAUCCGUCAACAAUGAUCUCAAAGACUUGUUCGGCUAAAUUAAAAAAGAAAAGAUGCCAGGUUCAGUAUAUUCUUUUAAUAACUUUGGACAGAAGAGCCUUGAAUCCUCAGACCAGGACACUGGUUGAAUGUGAAGAUUCCCGAUCCUUCCGAGGGUUUUGCUGUCUGUAUUUUUAAUAUGACCUGGUAUAAAUUCUGACUCUCACUCACUUUCAGCUGGCGUAUUAACCUGCACCUGAAUUCCAUUUCUACUUGACCAGACAAAAAGGUUGAGGCGGGAACUUCUUCCUCUGUGCUGUGCUCUUUAAAUGCUGAAGGUUUCCUACUAUUUUGUACUUGACAUUCUUGGGAAUGUCCACAUGUCGUGGGUUGAGAUUAAUCCCAUUAUUCAGGAAGGUUUUGUGUUCAUAUCCUGAACGAUCGAGUGGAUUCCACUUCCUGAACCAUCAGAAUCACUCCUCAAGGUGGGCAGAACAAGAAGGAACAACAUGGCUUCACAUCUGCUCAGCUUCUGUGUCUGCAUUGCCUCUCCAGACUAUUUUUAGGAUUUGCUGCAUGUCUAAAGGGAUCAGAGAGUUGGCGUAAAAAACAAAAGUCUGAGCCCAGUGGGAGGCAGCUUGAAGUGUAGCGCUGACGAGCCUGCAGUCACUGAUCUGCAUCCAGGAGGCUCCUCCGUGGAUCUGAAAGGGGGUGUCGAGAGUCUCCAUGCUUCCACUGCAGCACCACAACACCUCCAUCUUUGUGAACACAAAUUGGUCUGACGAUGCAGUCUGGGUAUCUUUUUUUUAAUUUUAUUCUUUCAUCAUCAGGUUCCAAGGCUGCAGAGCUUGCUCUUUUUUUUUUUUUUUUUGUUCUUUAAUUUGACAUCAAAUGUUGAAAAGGGAAGGGUUAGCUUAGUCCGGUCUCAGUGUGUUGACGACCAUUUCAUCUUUUUUGGCAACAAAAAAUCAAUUGUAUCAAUUUCUGUGAAUGCAGUAUGAAUGAUUUAUCAGUGUGUUAUAGUGGGAGAAGAUGUGUGAAGUAGCUUUUACAUCAGUGUCCUAACAAGGCGAUGAACGAAGGAGCACGCUUAGGCUACGGUGCCUUACGCGGGUACAUGUGUAGGACGAGACGGGCAUCUCAUCUGUUACUCAAAUAUUAAUACUUUUAAUCAGCCGUCCGGCAUUAGCUUCUCAGAUUUAUGUUGCAUGUUACUGAACUUGACCACGAAAAAAAAAAAAUCUAAAGUUUGAAUUUUCAGCAUCUCUUUUUUCCAACAAUGAUUCCGUGACGUUUUUUAUUUCACACAUCCAGCUGGAUUUGCUCCUGUGCACCAUUUCUGUUGACCAAUUUGUACAAUGAUGAAGAUUCUCACAGUAUAUUUUCAUUUCAGCACCUUUCAGCUGUCCCGAGGACCCCGUGCUGGCGACAUCUGAUUAUGAAGUGUAAAUAUAUAUAGUUAUUUAAAGAUGGAUUGCUCUGUGAGGGCCUUUUGUUAAUGUCCUCGUGAUGACGGCGAAGAGGCCUUAGAUGAGUCGUGUGCAAUAAUCCUUACUGGUUGUUCAGGCGUCGACGUGUCCUUUUUGCUUCAUCUCCACCGACCUACAAUAAUCACACGGGUCUGUCACAUGUUCUAAAAAUGAACAUUAACGUUUACUCAUUCGAAAACGAGGAUCGCACCAUUGUCGGGUUGUUGGUCACACUGUUUCUGCUGACUGAUUGUUAACAUGCUGAAGUGUAUCGUCUGUUAUUGGAUCGACUGUAGUUGUUGUGUAAUAGUGCCACCUAUACAAGGUGAGCUCUGUCCAGCCGCAUGGCAGCGUUACUGGUGAACUGGACUCCACGGGUUCUAUUCCCCGGUUUUUGACUCACAAGGCGACAAGUUUCUGCGACUGGAGCUUUUUCAGCUGGAGAGUGCAGUUUCUUUUUUAAAAAGCGUGUUUCACAUAUCCUGGCAGAACCCCCCCCCAAGAUUGUUUGUAUACCACUGUGGCUGUAUGUGUAGUGUGGCCCUUGUGUUACGUGUUGAGGUGCUGGUCUCUGAGGUGGUUCAAUGAAAACCUGUACAUAUAAAGGAAAGUACACAAUCUAA